AUGGGGGAUGCUCCUUCGCCAGUCCGCGCGACAAAGUCCAUCGUCUCCAUCCCACAAGACGUGCCUCCGAAAGCGGCGACAUCUCUCCUCGACCUCCCCUAUGAGCUUUUCAUCGAGGUCCUCGGCUACCUGUCGCCCGUGUCGACACUGGCUCUCCGCCGUCUGAACCGCCAAAGCCACGCGGUCCUCACCCGCUCCGACCUCUGCGUCAGCCUCAUUAAGCAGCAUUUCCCCCUCUCCCUGGAGGCGCGCCGCAUCAACACGCCGUCGUCAUCUUCAGCCAACGUCGAUUGGGCAAAGGUCUUUGCGACUCUCGCACGGAGAUACUGGCAUUUGGCGACCGCCACGCCAUGGCGGGCAUUGGAUAUUGAGACGGAUACUUCCGGCUGCGUGGCUGUCCAUCCUUGGAACCGCCAUCUUAUGCUCGACGAGCGAACUUCUGUCUUACAGUAUCCUGAUCCCUUCUGGACGUUUGACGCAGAGAGUGGCCUGCUUGUGUACCCGGCCCCGGAUGGACUGGGGCUACAGGUGAGAGAUCUGCACACCAAUGAGCAAGUCGAGGUGCCCUUUUCGCGGACCGGCAGAGCCUUGCGAAGACUGAGACUCAAAGAUGGGGUUCUGAUUGUCGAGUGGUGCGAGGAAGACGCCUUUCACGCACUGAACGAGAGGACGAGCGCGCACCGCCACUUUGCGACCGCAUUCGACGUUGCGAGAACGGACCAGUGGGACGGCGGCCUGCACGUCAAAGAUGCACCUCCAUCGUUGUCUUUCUGGAGAGUCACUUUCCGAUCAGAAUGGAAGAUUCACUACCUUGGUCUACCGCUAACAGAUCACGACCGGUUCUUCUCAGCGCACAACAGCACGCACUACGUCGUGUACAUCUGGCAACCCAACCGAUCGCCGUACGCGGAGGACGACCCCCUCGAGCGACUAGUCAUGUGGGAUAUUUCCUCACCGUCGCCUUAUCGUCCCUCUCUCGACCCCGGAAACAGAGGGAAAUCCGACACCGGAGGACCGAUUGUUGUCCACAGGCUAGUCAACAGCGACCUGUCGGUUUGGGGAGUCCGACAGUCUCAGACGCCACGACUCCGGAGCCUCGAGAUCGACAACGUCACCCGCGAUCCGCACACCGGUGCCACGACCGGCUCUGUGUUCUUCCACGAGGAGGAUCAUCGCUGGUGCACGGGGCCUCACGCCAGCCCCAUACCGCCUAGGCUGCAUUCUGUCCGUGUGACGGGCAUCCCGCUGACAGGCAUUGGACCCAAAUGGCUGGCAGAGUGUGGCGUCGAGAAUGGGGAGGGGUUCACAUUCUGUCGGAGGGACCUCUCGAUGCAACAAGAUACCAGCAGAGACAUGAUGGGCGACGAAUGGCCGGGACACAGCGCCUGUUGGCGCCAUGACGACUUUCCCUACCUCACGGUGGCGGAAGUAUUUGAUAGGAAGGCUGGUGUUAGAAUCACCGCACGGCACUGCUUCAUGCUCGAGACGCUCUCGGUGCAUGUCCGCCCAAAGCUGCGGAUCAACGGAGUCACGAGCGAGGGAAACGGUUGUGACCCCAAUGGAGAGGGCAUCACGCAAGACGAGGUGCAGUUUCCAGACGAGUGGUGGGACCAACUGCUCGGCAAAGGGUACAUCGCCGGGGACGAGCGAUGUGUGGUAGGGGAGGACGCACAGGGCAACAUCACGGCAAUCAUCUUUUGA